AUGAAGAUGAACUUUGGGACAGUGGUGAUCUCUGGUCUGUGCGGUCUGCUCAGCUUCAUCCUGCUCGCCGUGUCCAUCGCCACUGAAUACUGGUACAUUAUAGAAGUGGAUGAUGAGAAGAACUCCAGCCUGGACUACAGCAGCUCUCACUCCGGACUCUGGAGGAUAUAUGAAGGACCGAACGGCAGUUAUCAUGACAUCUCGUUCUACACGGACUCGUCCGAACACACCGAGCAGGAGAAGCACCUUUUGAACCUGCACAGGGUCAUCGUGGUCCUGCUGCCUCUCAGUCUGGUGCUGCUGGUCUUUGGUGGGAUCUUCGGUCUGGUGGCGUCUUUGGCUCAGAGCUGCACUCUUCUCACCUGCAUCGCUGCAUACUUCUUCAUCUGCAGUCUUUUGACGGUGUCCGGUGUGAGCAUCUAUAUCAGUUACUCUCAGCAGGCUUUGGAGGAGCUGCAGCUCAUGGUGGAUAUUGAGUCACUGUCUCACGUCCACAUGUCCUUCGGCUGGUCUCUGGUCAUGGCCUGUCUGUCCUUCUGUCUGGAGCUGCUGACGGGGAUCCUGCUCAUGUUAGCGGCCCGUCUCAUCCACCAUCAGUGCCACCAUGAGCCUGCUGCGGUGCUAUCUAUUAGCCAGAGCUCACCACAGCUUCUGAGACUGCAGUGAGGAUGAUCGUUUCAUCUAUACAGACAAAUCAAGAGAUGGGUUUGUGCUGUGCCGGGGUCGCAAAUGAGACAGCUGCAUCAAUUAUUGAACGAGAGUGCUCAGGCUGCAAAAUUUGUCUGCAUCAUUCCAGUUUGGGAGUUCAGUCACAUGUUUUCCUCAAGGCUUCUAGAAACACAUUUUCCAGACCGAUAUCGCGCCUCAUUUAAAAAAACUGUUCUAAAAGGGUGCUUUUCCAGUGAUUCCAUUGAAGAACCCAAAAUAACCUUUCAGUAAACAUUUAAAAAAUCUAUAAAAUCUCUAAAGAACCUUUUCUGCAUUCGAAGCAUUCCAUGGAUGUUCUAGGUUCUUCACAGAAUAAUUAGGCGCUUUUCCACUGUCGGGUCAAACGAUUCUUUUUAAAGAUCCGAUCCAGGCCUGCCAGUGGAGUUGAGGUUUCUUUUUCCACUGUGGGGCUGAUAACGGAUUCAAUGCAUCAGUAAUUGCUUAGCAAGUUUUGGAGAAACUAGCAGCUAGACAACAGAUAUGUGAGAGAUCCUGAGUGACAAGUUCUCUAACCAUGUUGAGAAUUCCAGGCCGAGAACGGUUUGUAAUCAUGCCACGCCUUCCAGUCUCACAUGGAAACACAUGAUGAAUCAAACCAUUGAAGAAGCAUAGUGUGUGUUUGUGUGUGUGGUAGAAGUUUGUUUUUGCUUUUUACCACCAGCCAAGACCUCUACCUGUUAUAAAUGUCAUUGUAAAAAACAUUAACUGUGUCCAAAAUAAUGCUUAUACUGUACUGUACUACAAAUUCUUCUUAAAUACUUAAUUUACACACAUCAUUUUUCACACUGAUAUUUCAUAUGUUUAGAACUGAACAGUACCUUAAGUAUCUUAAUAAACAUUACUGAUGACCAUCAGUUUUUCCUUCAUGUUGUAUAUCUCAUUUAAUAUUUUGAAUGAUUUUUCUGUCUGAUCAUUACUACACAAAUUCAUGGAUUCACUUUGCAAGGCAUAUAUCAAUUGUAAA